AUAAACCACCGGAAAAGUGGAAACAGUUCGCAUUCGCCGGAUAAAACCCCUCAAUCGAGUAGGUCUGACCGUCAGGGGCGGCCAGUGUUGCUGUACGAAGCGACACCACCAGUCCUCUAUCCCCUAACCAGUCCCAAGACCUUAAUUUGCUGCAAAUGCGAAAAACCUGAAAUCAACAUAUACGCGCUACAACAUUAUGAACUAUUCUGCUAGUAUUUUACAAGGUUGUAUCAGAACCACGACCACCAUGUCCGUACGACCCACUUCUCUCAAUUUCCACAAAACCCCUAAAACCCUAAAGCCCUCACUUUUCUUCCCGUCUGUUUCAAUGAGGGCCCAGACCUUGCCUCAAAAGACUGUGUAUUAUGUUCCCCGUUACUUGAGGCCCAAGGUGGUAAGGUCCUCUGGUUCUGGGAUUACGUGUUUGAGCGCAUCUGCUUCUUCCAGGAGCUCUGGGUUGGAUUUCAGGAGCGUGGCCUUGCCGUAUCUGCGGCAGCAGAACUCAAAUUAUGGCCGGUACGCGUACCGGGAUGAGUCCAGCGAUGAUUCUGAUUACGAAUUAGGUUCGCCACAGCAGCAAACGGGGGAGAAAAGCACACCCUCGUCUCCUUGAAGGGUGCUUCAACGGUUGAUAACAUUGAUGAGUGGAGAUGGAAGCUAACCAUGCUUCUGCGCAACAAAGACAAUCAAGAAGUUGUGUCGAAAGAGAAAAAGGACAGACGUGAUUUUGAGCAACUUUCAGCACUGGCAAGCAGAAUGGGUGUACAUUGCCGUCAAUACGCAAAAGUAGUUGUCUUCAGUAAAGAGCCUCUGCCAAAUUACAGAUCUGAUCUUGAUGAUAAGCGUCCACAAAGAGAAGUGACCUUACCUUUUGGACUUCAAAUGGAAGUAGAUGCUCAUCUUCAAGCUUACCUAUCCCUGAAGUCCAUGGAUAGGGCAAGGUUUUCAGAUAAUACCUUUUCAAGAUCAAACACUGAUGGAAGUAUAACCACAGAUGAUGGGCUUUAUGAACGGCAGGAGCCCGUGAUGCAAAAUAGUGUUAUCAUGGAGAGAAUCCUUCGACGUAAAAGUUUGCAAUUGCGUAAUAAGCAACAAGAUUGGCAGGAUUCUCCCAAUGGGCAAAAGAUGCUUGAAUUUCGUAGAAGUCUGCCUGCAUACAAAGAGAGGGAUUCUUCAUUAAAAGUUAUUUCAGAAAAUCAGGUGGUUGUCAUUUCAGGGGAAACUGGUUGUGGGAAGACCACACAACUUCCUCAAUUUAUACUAGAAUCCGAAAUUGAAGCUGCUCGUGGAGCUGCCUGUAGUAUCAUAUGCACUCAACCUAGAAGAAUAUCUGCUAUGUCUGUUUCUGAAAGAGUCGCUGCAGAGCGAGGAGAGCAGCUUGGUGAAUCUGUUGGUUAUAAAGUUCGGCUAGAAGGCAUGAAAAGUAGGGACACUCGCCUUCUUUUUUGCACGACUGGCAUGCUAUUGAGGAGAUUACUGGUUGACAGAAAUCUGAGGGGUGUUACUCAUGUUAUCAUUGAUGAGAUUCAUGAACGUGGAAUGAAUGAAGAUUUUCUUCUUAUCGUCUUGAAGGAUCUCCUUCCUCGUCGACCAGAAUUAAAGUUGAUUCUGAUGAGUGCAACUCUAAAUGCAGAGCUUUUCUCUUCUUACUUCGGUGGUGCCCCAACAAUUCAUAUUCCUGGUUUUACUUAUCCGGUUCGAGAACAUUUUUUGGAGAACAUUCUUGAAACGACUGGAUAUGGGUUGAAUUCAUAUAAUCAAAUCGACGACUAUGGUCAGGAAAAGGUUUGGAAAAUGCAGAAACAAGCACAAGCUUUCAGAAAGAGAAAUAGUCAAAUUGCUUCUGCUGUUGAGGAUGCGCUCGAAUAUGCUGAUUUUAAGGGGUAUAGUCCACGUACUCGUGAGUCCUUGUCGUGCUGGAAUCCUGACUCAAUUGGCUUUAACCUAAUAGAGCAUGUGCUUUGCCACAUAGUCAAGAAUGAAAGACCUGGUGCUGUUUUGGUUUUCAUGACUGGUUGGGAUGACAUAAAUGCUUUAAAGGAGCAACUCCGAGCCCACCCCCUGUUGGGUGAUCCUAGUAGAGUUGUAUUGCUUGCUUGCCAUGGUUCCAUGGCAAGCUCUGAGCAGAGGUUAAUAUUUGAUAAGCCUGAGGAAGGGGUGAGGAAGAUAGUUCUAGCUACUAACAUGGCUGAGACUAGCAUCACCAUCAAUGAUGUGGUUUUCGUGGUUGAUUGUGGAAAAGCAAAAGAGACAUCAUAUGAUGCACUAAAUAACACUCCUUGUUUGCUUCCAUCAUGGAUCUCAAAGGCAGCUGCGCGGCAAAGAAGAGGGAGAGCUGGGCGUGUUCAACCUGGCGAAUGUUACCAUCUCUAUCCUAGAUGUGUACAUGAUGCAUUUGCUGAUUACCAAAUGCCUGAACUCUUAAGGACGCCAUUGCAGUCUUUAUGCUUGCAAAUCAAAAGUUUGCAACUUGGAAGCAUUUCAGAUUUCCUGUCUAGGGCCUUACAGCCCCCUGAGCCGCUCUCAGUUCAAAAUGCUGUUGAAUACUUGAAGAUAAUUGGGGCUUUAAAUGAGAAUGAAAAUUUGACAGUCUUAGGACGCAACUUAUCGAUUCUUCCAGUUGAACCAAAACUUGGGAAAAUGCUGAUAUUAGGAGCUAUUUUCAAUUGCCUUGAUCCGGUAAUGACUGUUGUUGCUGGUCUUAGUGUCAGGGAUCCAUUCUUAAUGCCCUUUGACAAGAAAGAUCUUGCUGAAUCUGCAAAAGCCCAAUUCUCUGCUCGCGACUAUAGUGACCAUCUUGCACUUGUCCGAGCAUAUGAGGGGUGGAAAGAUGCUGAAAGGCAGCAAUCUGGUUAUGAGUAUUGUUGGAGAAAUUUUCUUUCUGCACAAACUCUGAGAGCAAUUGACUCUCUAAAAAAGCAGUUUUUCUGUCUACUGAAGGAUGCUGCUUUGGUUGACAAUGUGGAAAACUGCAAUAGGUGGAGUAAUGAUGAGCAUCUUGUUCGAGCAGUCAUCUGUUCAGGCCUGUUCCCUGGGAUAUGUUCUGUUAUGAACAAAGAGAAGUCUAUAGCAUUGAAAACAAUGGAGGAUGGCCAGGUUCUUCUCCACUCGAAUUCUGUGAAUGCUGUUGAACCCAAGAUUCCAUACCCAUGGCUAGUUUUCAAUGAAAAGGUGAAAGUGAAUGCAGUAUUCCUCAGAGAUUCAACUGGUAUAUCUGAUUCUGUGCUGCUUUUAUUUGGAGGGAACCUUUCUCAGGGUGGACUAGAUGGACACCUAAAAAUGUUAGGAGGGUACUUGGAAUUCUUCAUGAAACCCACAUUAGCAGAAACUUACUUGAACAUAAAGAGAGAACUUGACGAAUUAAUUCAGAAGAAACUUCUGACUCCUACGUUGGGCAUGCAAUUCCAUGAUGAGCUCCUAUCUGCAGUAAGAUUGCUGGUCUCUGAAGAUCGAUGUGAAGGUAGAUUUGUUUUUGGUCACCAGGCUAUAGCACCCUCAAAGAAGGCAUCAAAAGCGACAUUACCAAGGUCACCUUUACGAGGUGAGACUGAAAUUGAGGGUGCUAAUUUCAAGAAUAAGCUACAAACAUUGCUUGCUCGGGCACGACAUGAAGCUCCCACCUAUAAGACAAAACAACUUAAAAACAACCAGUUCUGUGCUACUGUGAUCUUCAAUGGGUUGAACUUUGAGGGGCAGCCUUGCAGCAGUAAGAAAUCAGCAGAGAGGGAUGCAGCUGGGCAGGCUCUGGUGUGGUUGAAGGGCGACAGACGGUCAUCUCCCAGAGAUCUUGAUCAUGUUUCAAUGCUUUUAAAGAAGAGCAAGAGCAAGGGCAAGAGCAAAAGUCAAAAGAAAACUUCACUUAGUGGUGCUAAGUGGGAUUAAAAGUGACCACAAAGGACGAAGAGGUGAUGAUAUAUAGUUUAAUCUCCAUCAGGAAGAGAGCUUAUGGUCCAUGGUCCGAGGUACUAGGGGCUCAGGAUUUUCAGUAUGGGAGUUACUGCUAGAGCCCAGAAACUAAAGUGCAGCUCUAAAUCUAUUGGGAACCCUUGUUAUUGGGAAGGGGCAAGCAAGCUCAUACUUUGGAGGCACAAGCCAGGGUUUCAACCAACUGAAGAACUAGAGAGCAGUUCCUCUUUUUUGACAUGGAUGCUGCAAUUCAGUGCAGAAAUACCAAUUGUCUGUCGAAGGCCUAAUCUGCUUGUGGGGGAUUCUAUAUCUGUUGGUGGAAUAGAAUCAGAAUUACCAUUCAUUCUACCAGAAAAGAAGAAUCAUAAAGAUGAAAAUUUAUAUACGUAAAGGUAGAGUAAGAUAGCUUUAGGUUUAUGAAUCCAAUCACAUUUCUCCUGUAGAUUAUUCAAGGAAGCAAGGCUCUUCCUCCUCCACCUGUGGUCAGAACUCACAUCUACUGGGGCCAGGUUAGUGGGAAAUUUUGUAUAGCAGAUUUGAAGACCUUGUGUUUUGGGAGACUAGUUGUAUAGUGCGAUUAGUAACCAUGACAUGCUUUUAUGUAUUACAUACACUUGCCAAAUUAAAUUAUAAGAAGGUGCUCUUCAGUCUCUA